CAGCGUCGCCGGAAGUGACGCACGUCGUCGUCUCGCUGGGCGGAGAAGGAAGACAAAAGCGAUCGUAGCGUACGUACGUCGCGUUCGCUUCCAACGCCGACAGCCAGCGUUCAGAAAAAAAAGAAAAGCAAAAAUGACGAGGGCGGCGGUGACGUCCGAGCGGCAGGAGACGAGCGCGGCGCCCGCCGAGGCCACCCGUCGGCGGUGUUAAGCGGCCGGCGAAUGCGGCGGUCGUAGCCGACGGCCCGCCGCGCCGCACCGCGCCUCGGCCGCCCGCCAUGUCGGAGCUCCCGCCGCUGCCUCCGGAGCUGUGGGUGUCGGUGCUGAACUUCCUGGGCCCCGCCGACAUGCAGGCGGUGCGCUGCUCGUGCCGAGCCCUGCGCCUGCUGGCCGACCACCCUUACCUGUGGCGGGGCCGGGCGGUGGCGCUGUCCGACCUGCGGCGCUACACCUUCGGCUUCUGGGACACGCUGCGCCGGCGCAAGCUGACCCGCGUGGCCGUGCGCCACCUGCGCCGCAAGGAGUGGCGGCGCCUGGUCAAGUUCCUGCCUUCGCUCAGCGCCGUGGCCUUCGUCAACGGCGGCCGCGUCUACAAGCAGAAGUACCUGGACCACCUGCUGCGCUUCGACGACUUGCGCGAGCUGGCCGUGCGCGACGCCGCCUGGUCCGAGCCCAUGCUGGGCCCGAGCCUGAGCGCGCACCUGAGCGCCCGGCUCACCCACCUGAGCGUGUGCAACGUGCGCCUGCGCUCCGCCGCCGACUUCGUCCGCGGCCUGGCCGCCCUGGGCAACCUGCGCUACCUGCUCUUCCACCAGCAGGGAGAGGGCUGCGGCCUGGACCGGGCGCGCCCGGUGCCCCGCGACGACUUCCACCGCAUGAUGACCGGCCUGCCCAAGCUGGCGCACCUCUCGUGGGGCAUGAGGGGCGAGCCCCUGCCCGACGACUACCUCAGCCCGCCGGACCCGCGGCGCCCCAGCUCUCAGUACGGGGGUCCGGCCCUGAGCAGUUUGGAGCUGGUGGACUACCCCGAGACCAUCCUGCCCUACGACGCGCUGAGGAGUUUGACGUCGCUGCGCUCGCUCACGGUGCACUACCGCUACAUCCGCGACGGGCUGGACUGUCGCCUGGCGUCCUGGCUGGCGCCGCUCAUGCGCCUGGAGACGCUCAGCAUCGUGGGCGGCAACUCCCUGUCGCUGUACACCAACAGCAUCCCGGCGAGCGUCACGCGGCUGACGCUGCGCGUGGCCAUCACGCUGAAGGAUUUGGACUCCAUCGCGCCCAAAGUUCUGGCCCUGGAGCACCUGGACAUUGAGCAGAACCGCUCCAGCGGAAGCCUGUGCCGACGCAUCCCCAUGUUGUUCCCUCAACUGCGGACGCUGCGCAUACGGUUCUUCCGCCGCGAGCCCGAGAAGGACCUCCUGAGCCUGCAGCGUCUUCGUCACCUGGAGCGGCUGGAGCUCCUGGUGGAGCGCUCUUUCAUCCUGAGGGACUACCUGAACGGCCACCCGUGGCCCAGCCCCUGCGUCCGGGAGCUCAUCGACCAGCUGGUGCGCCUGUCGGCCAACCGCAUCACCGUGGUGACGGCCAUGCGCCGCCGUAACCCGCUCAGAGAGUGUAACUGCGUCUGGGAGGGGGACUGACGGGAGCUCGGCAGAACUUUGCCCAAAGCUAACCCGAGCUCCCCCCGACACCUCAAGGCGCCGUGCGCCCGGCUGGGACCAAGGUGUUCGGGUCGGACAAAACGAGGCGGGACGGCGCACCGAAGGACGUGUCGAGACGGCCGAUUGGGCGGCGGGACGCCGGAUUCCGCUUUCUAGUGUGAAGACUCUUAACUUGAUUCUAGACCAAGUCUGAAAAGACGUUGAAAAACGUCUUUGGGAGUGAACGAGUUAACCUGACAUUCCUUCAGAGGAAGUGCUUGCUGUCAAGUGUCUAAUCAUGAUGCGGGCCACUUGAACUAACUUCCUGAAGGCAAGCGCGGUGCCGACAUGGAACAAUUUGGAUGGAAACUGCCGACGUGGAACAAUUUAGCUGUUGGUGUUGUUGCUGCGAACAAAUGAAAUCGGUUGAUGAUGCAU